AUGGCCAUCGGAGUCUAUUUGCUUGUUUGCCUUACUUAUGCUACAUGUCUUUUCCAUCAAACAGCAGCCAGAUCCUUCACCGUGGACUACAAAAACAAUGUCUUCCUCAAAGAUGGCGAGCCAUUUCGCUAUAUUUCUGGAAGUAUUCACUAUUUUAGGGUCCCUCGCGUUUUUUGGCGUGACAGACUCGAGAAGAUGAAAGCCGCAGGGUUAAAUGCCAUACAGACGUGAGUAUUUUCCAACUAAAAAGUCCAAUUUCAAGAAUAACUUCAAAUGUCAGUUUAAUGAUAAUCAUAAUAAUUUAUGGUAUCAUACAUAACGCACCGCCAAAAAGGAGUUACAUGCAUGUUAACAAUGGAUCAAACAGCCACCAAGAACUAAAGGAUUUCGUGUAUACUCAACGAUCCAAACCUUAAUUAAUUGAUUAAUUAAAGAAUACAAUAGCCGUUUGCAUCACAUUACUUUACGAAAUUCUCCCUUGCAGUCGAUGUCUCCAUGGAGAUAUACCGUGGAACUCAAUUUUGAGAGAGUUUUCUGCAGAUGGCCGAUUUUUUGUCUUUGGGGUCACUUUGUUGUUGGUACGAGCGAGCGCCAAGGUCGCGAGGUCAGAAAAAAAUCCGUCUGGAUUAACCAAAGAAAAUAUUAGGACUUUAUAGAGAAAGUCCAAGAAAGACAACUAAACUAGUGGAAAAACCUCUUAAACGAAUGAAACAAUUAUCCAGAAUUUGUGAACCUUUCUCGAGCUUUACAAAUUACAAGGCAAAAGUUGUUUCUCCGAACAGUCAUUUUACUGAAAAAAUAUAUUAUAAUAUUUGCCCGAUAUUUCGUUUUGCAACUAGACUUGCUACAAGUCGACCUCUUUGCAAGAUUUGACUACAUAGCAAACAGAAAAUGAAAAUGAUAUAUGAUAGGCUCGGAGUAAAAAUAUAAAUGUCACUAAAUUAAGUUUAUCACAUCUAUUUAUAUAACCACGGCUCUAAUGUUUUGUCAGGGUGCAGACAAGAGAUAAGAUCUGCCGAUACAGGAAAUUGUGUCGAGUGUGUUUAUUCCAGGCAACAAACAAUGAAAAACCUCUCGUCCUAAGGACAUGGCAAAUUAUGGGUGGAAGUCAUCAUUGCUACUUUUUUAUGAUGCAGUAGCGACCGAAGAUGUUCUCACAGCAAGCGAUAACGAUGAAAAACUUGUCAAAACUCAGGAAACUCGAACUGUACAUUUUGCAUGACUAAAAUCGUUGUCCCGUUUUGAGAGAAUAAGCAAUUUCGACCGCGAUUACUCGUACUGGAAAAUUUUGUUUUAAUUUCCGUUUUGGAAAAUCCACAAAAAAAACCUAUAAAACAAGAAGGCACUUACAGUGACCUCCAGUCUCGCUUGCUUGGAGAUUAGAUCGAGAAAUGAGGAGGCGAAUAAUUCUACACGAAACAGGAUUCAGUACUCGCUAAAGGUUUUUUACUCCCUACUUUAUCGACGUUGAUACUUUUUACUUGUUUCUAAAUUGAUUUAGUACCCGUGUUAGCGACGACCGGAAAUACGUUUGUGGUCGCAUACUACACGCGUGUAUAAAUACACGAAAAUUUAAGGGCGUCGAUUCCAGAGAAAUUGCAUCAUUGCCAGAGAUCAGAAAAGUGAUUUACAUGACACAUCAUUUCAAACGUCGCCGAAGAUAAAUCGCAUGCUCAUCACAACAGUCAUUUGCAUACAAUGAAAGUUUACAAAACCCGACCAUCGCAGUUUUGCUAAUUAAGACCACUUAGUAUUAGUAGUGUUCACUUGUUCCAAAGUAAUCAGGGGCACCCAACGGCAAUUUUCGGAAAAAUAUCUGUUCGGAAGACGAUUUGAGAUCUAGAAUUUUCGGAACAUUUGUUAGAAAAUUUCUUGCUUGCCUGCUUCUCCUAGGAUUUUCGAACAUCUAAAAUAUGGUAGAAUUGCCUAUUUUUAACGGAUUUUUACCCUAAAAAGGUCACCUAGAAUUUUCGGGAGCCUCUUUUCUGGCUGAAAUUUUCGAAAAGGUAAGUUUUGAUCCCUAUAAUUUUCGGAUCACUAGACUUUCAGCUAGGAAAUCCGAACAGAUGAAAAAUUCUUAGGGGAUAAGAAUAUGCCUAUAACUACCGUUUAAAUACCAAAAUACGUUUAACAAUGCUAUUUUUAGUGGUUUUGAACUAUAUUUUCGUUGGGUGCCCCUAAGUAAUCGACGAUUUCAAGCGAUAAAAUUCGUGGACCGACUACAGGCUAUACGCGUGUAGUCGGAAAAGCUUCAAAUGCUUUCUUCCCAAAAACAUGUGUGGCUUCGAUCACGCAACGAUCCCAGUUUCCACGGACACGGCAAAGAACGCCUGGCACAAAGGCCUCCCAUUUGGGUGGGGGUGCCUUACCCUAUUUCAGACCAAAAUCUGUGAUUUUCCCUACCCUAUUUCAGACCUGAUCAAAAAUUUGAUACCGUAUUUCAGACCUGAAGCCCUGGAGCCCUGUGCGUGACCGGAGCGCGUGACAAGCUGUUAUGGCACGUACACGGUUGACGUAAACAUUAAAAGAGAAAUGGUGUUAUCGCCAAAUGAUGAAGUAGCUUCUUCUAAAAAAACAUACCCAAUUCAAGGCUAGAGUGCACAAACCAUACCCUCUUUCAGACCAAAAUGGUCACAGUCUCGCUUGCGUGACUAAUGAUGUAUGAAAUAUCAAAUUGUUCGUUACAAGUAUCUAGCAUCACAAAAAAGGAAAAGAAUGAGGCUGUUGAACAGGAGAGUUGAAUUUACAACGAUUUGCUUAUUGUUUUUUAUCCCAUCAUCGAAGUUCUGCUCAUGAAGAUUCUUCCUUUUUUCAACAUGUGAUGUAUUCACUUCUUUCAAAGUUAUCAACGCUUUCAAACGACAGAAUUCGUGAAACGACCCAUUCCGAAAACGCUCGACAUCUUUUAGUGGGGGUCUACCACGAAUGGUGUGUGGAUUUGUAAGCGACAUCACCGUAUAAUCCAUUUAUCUUUGCAAAUUUUUCUUCUCAAAAUAUUACAUUCUGACAAGUGUACGUUGUUUUUCGAAACGUGCAGAUGAGAGCAUCGUGUCGUUUUUCAUUCCCUGAUUCUGCGCUACCAUUCAUGACCCGCAACACGUUUACAAAACUGUUCUUUCUGUCACGUUCAGCUGUGUUUAAUUUUUCCCACGUGAAGUUCAGAACCAAAUUCCCAUAAGAUCAAAUUUAACCAGAAAUACGUGUAUCGCAGAACUUCCCGAAGCUCGGGGGGGGGGGAGGCCCACAAAAUGUCAGGGAAGGAAGGGGGAGAGAAAUGGAGUAAAUUGUAUAGCUUGGGAGGGCGAGUUUCAACACUGGCUCUAAUAUUGGAAGGUGAGAUGUAGUUAAUCGCCCUUUGGUUGGAGUAAAUUUCAACCCAGUGCUCUUUUAUGAAAAAAGAUUUUCUGGGAUUUAAAUGGGGUUGGUGUUGUUAAGGAAGGGUAACCAAUGUUUCACAGGUCCCGUGUUCACCCCAUUUGACCCUCCUACAAGUGUAAUUAUACUUUUUGUUAUGUCUGUUUUGCUCUCGCGAUUUUAUCGGCUUGCUAUGUGAUAUAAGCAUGAAACGUAAACCUAGGCCUGUUUUGUUGAAAAAGAAAAAGUGGGAUUUGUUGCAUGGAAGAAAAAAUUUUGCCAUAGCACUAAAACGUGAUAAACAUUUCGCGUUAUUCCAGUCAUCGCCGAAAAGAAACCGCAUGCUCAUCACCAGACUCAUUUGCAAACAAUGAAAGUCGUCACGAUUCUUAUCCCCAGUUUCCACGGUCUCCGCUAGGAACGCGUGGCCUCCAACCUAGGUCCCACCCACAAAACAAGAGAAAAAAAGAUAUGGUGCCUGCAUUUUUAGAGUCUCGCUCUGCUAAAGCAAGCUCGACAAAUAACGGCUGUUGGUACCGACUGCUCCUUUACUGUAGUGGUUAAGUAAGAACCAAUUUUCAAACCGAGUUCGAGGAUUCCUGGCUGUCUUUGCACUUUUUCUUUUUUUUUAAAAAAAAAAAAUUGAAGAUAAGGUCUCCUCAGUAUGUAAGGUUGAUGAGUUGUCCGACCUUGAGUUUUAUCCUGUAGACUAUACCAUACGAAACCAUGAAAGAGCGUCGAUGGCUUUUCAUUCUUCUUCCCCAAUACAAUCCUAUAGUACAGUUCGGAACAACGCCGACAGUGUCUUAAUAGAAUUAAAAACUUUAAUUCAGGUUCUCAAAUGGAACCUCUGGCAAUGGAAUGGACUAUACUCAAAUAACAGAUAGUUAUAAGAACUUACUUCUGUGUCGUCUUCCUCACAGGUACAUAGCAUGGCAGGUCCACGAGAAAGUUGAAGGACAAUAUGACUUUGAGGGAGGAAAAGAUUUUGUUGACUUCACGCAGCUGGCGGGAUCUUUGGGGUUGCUGGUGAUUAUAAGAGCGGGUAAGUUAAAUGAAAAAAGAGAUAAUAUACCCCAUAUACCUGAGAAAAGGCGCUCCCCUGAAUUCGUUAGCAGUAAGGGCACAAAAUGCCCUGGCACUAGUGUUCAAGCAUCAAAUGUAAACGUAAAUAGCCGUGUGUGUUUUCUAAUAGCCAUGAAUGUCUUCUUAUAGCCGUGCGUCCUGUCUUAUAGCCACACGUGUUUUCUAAUAGCUAUGCGUGUCAUCUAAUUGCUGUGCGUGUUUUCUUACAACCAUACGUGUUCUCUUUGCAGGCCCUUUUAUCGCAGCUGAGCGAGAUAUGGUAAGCGUGUAACAAAAAUAAAUAUAUUUUUCAAACACUUUAUUUGAACAUUCAAACUUUACGCUUUACUUCUAUUACGCAAUUGCAACAAUUAUUUUCAGGGUGGAUUUCCGCCUUGGUUAUUGAAGGACUACACUGCUAAUUACAUGCCGCGAUUCAGAACAAUGAAAAAUGCCGGUAAGGGGCCGCAAGUAGUUUAAUUUAAUGUAUGUAAUAAACUGUUUUGUUAUAUAGUUGGAAAUUUUUACCCAACAGUGUGCGCUCUCAUUGGUUACUUUGAGAUCACAUGACAUCUAACAAUAAAACCGUUUCCUUCCCAAAUCUCUGAACUACAAAAUUGAUCACUCCAGAAAAUACCAUAACAAACCAUAAUGCUCUUUGUUUGUCACCCCAAAACUUUGCACAAGCAUUGUCUUCAGUUUCUCUUGGGAGUUAAAAUGGCCCAAAGGGAAACUUAAAACAAAGAUUAUGCAAAAUUUUGGGAUGACAAACAAAGAGCAUUAUGGUAUGUUAUGGUAUUUUCUGGAGUGGGCAAUUACAAGAUCUAUGACGUCAGAGUGUAACAGCGCGAAUAUCGACGACCGCCGUUACAACGAGGUUUAAUUAAUAUUUAGCUUCAAAAUUAGACUGGUCCCUCGCGAAACAGAAAAUUUUGUUUCCCUCGGUUCCGCCUAGGGAAACAUUGUCCUCAAGCAAAGUGUGUAUCGGGAAACAAAAUUCACUAUUUCCCUCGAGACCAGUCAUUAGGUGUUUAAUGUAUACAGAUUUAGCCAGGGCUAAAAGUGAAGCUCUCAAUAAUGUUUAUAGUUUGCUCAACAAAAUAUAAAUCGUGUAAUGCUAAGCGGUAAUUAGCUAAUUAAUUGGUCUAAUUAGCAAAAAACAACUUUGCACGUGCACCACACUUUCUUUGUACAUUUCUUUGCCGUUGUUUUGCAUGACUACAACGUGAAACUUCCAGAAAUUUCGUAGUUAGACGUUUUAGGAAGGAAAUGUCGUUCGUGUUCUCGUUCACUUUUUUUUCACUGCCGUCCAUUUGCGCCUUAUUGGCCACAGCAUUUCUUAUUUUCUCACCGCCGCUACAAAUUUUUCAUGUUGCCUGUCUUUCCUCUCCUCUGUUUUUUAUCUCUCGCUCUAGCUCUCUGUCGCUCUUUUUCUGGUUGAGCUUCUCUGGCCUGUCCCUACUUUCUCUUUUCUCUGUCUUUCUCUUUCUCUAUAUUCGAAAUUUGUGGACAUGGCAAUUAAUCUAAGCUUAAUACUUUAGAAAACACGGAUACAUAGACAAUUUCCGCUUUCCGUUUUCGUCUUUAUUAACUCUUCAGUUGUCUCUGCUUCACAAGACGCGGGUGGCCAUGCGAUUUCCCGCCAAAUAAACUCAAGUUGCAUUGAGGGUUGCAAUACCUGUUGAUUGAGUUGUUUUACAUUGAUAUGCCUAUGGUGCGGACGGACGGACGGACGGUCGGGCGUUUGGUCACGUGAUUGCCAACAUUUCUCAGAUGGGUAGAAUACCACAUUUUCUUAGUUAUGGGGCUACGCUAGCGUGAGCUUCAGGCGUGCUUGGAGCUCCGCUAAUAAAUUCACAACACACAACUCCCUGUGGUAAAGUCAGUACCUUACACAUGCGCACAGCCAUAUCACAUGGGCAUUCCCCACUUUGGAAACAGCCUUAACUAACUCUCGCAAAGACUUGUGGGACUGUUUCACCAAUUUUAUUUUAUUUUAUUUUUUAUUCUAUUAGCUUCGCCAACAUAAUAUAAGCGGCGAAGUGGCUGCCAAGGACAGCUGUUUUUGAUGGUUCACUUAUAACACACUGGUCACUCCGCGUUCAUUUUAGACCGUAAUCAUUCCUUUAAGAGGCUUAAUUAAAUUGUAAAUGCGUUAUGUAUAGUUGAAUUAGACUUAGAUGUGCUAACUAGUUUACAGGCAGUUUACAUAAAUCAUUUGAGUUAAGUAACACCAAAAUGUAAUAUAAAAGGAUUAAAACCCUCCAGCAGGGAGGAGGCAACCAGCAACCUAUACACAAACAUCAUGACCGGAUUUGAACUCGGGACGACCAAGGAACAAAUCGAGCUAGUGGUCAGAGCGGGACUGGAAACCAGGACCGCUGGAUUGCAAGUCACGUGCUGACCAAUUGGCCAAGAUGGGUUAUAGCUGUAUCAUAACAAAUAAAAUCGUGUAUUUCCAUUAUCUAUACUAGAUUUUUUUCGAGACCGUCAUGGUUGAAAAAGCCGGGGUUAUCAAAGAGGUCUGGUUCGCAAACCCUCACAUCUUAAGAGUAGGGUCGAACAAUAUGCCGGAAAAAUCUCUGUUUUCAAAUGUUUAUUUUAAAAGUGUAUUUCUCCAUUCUCCUUCCUCCUUGUUCUGACAACAAAACAACAGGUGUCGUUAUUUUCAAAUCACUCAUCCGUAUAUUAAUGUAGUUGGAAUGCAUACUCUUCCAAUGAUUCAAACUCUUUCCUUUUUGUAACAUCAUAGCUUAUAUCGCUGCAGUGGACAGAUGGAUGGGAGUGCUCCUUCCAAAAAUAAAGCCUUUGAUCUAUUCUAAUGGAGGACCCGUUAUUACAGUUCAGGUGAGAAGCAAAAACUGGAUGUAUUAUGAUUUAAAGUUUACGUACCUGCCUAAGGCUACCUACUACUAUAUUACCCUGCGUAGGAGGCGCUUUAGAAGUCAUGUGGACGUGAGAAAGAAUGGGACGCAAGAGGCACACCCCUAAUACACGCACUUGGAAGCAAUAUGUCUCCGACGCGUGCCCCGUUCUUUCUCGUACCCAUAUUCUUCCAAGCGCCUGUUACGCAGGCUACUCCUGGCCGGGUAAACAUAAAUUUCUUCAUUGCCUUAGUUAUCGUGAUUGUUUUUUCAUUGCUUUCAGAGGAAAGAAUUAGGGAAAGCUGCUGCCCAAGAUAUGUGUGUUGUUUUGUGUGUGUAUAAUAUCAUGUCGUGGAUUAGAGGCCAAAAAGACGCGCCCUUUUUACAUUAACAUGUCAACAGUAAGUUCGGACGUCAGCAAACAAGGCCGCCAUGGGCAUCUGCUAUCAGUCCAUUUAUGAGUUUACGGUAACCCACCCAUGCCCCAUGAUAUGAAUGAUGCGUGAUGCGUUAUGCUUGAAAGGUAGACCACACCAUCGGGGAAUCUUUCCUGCUCUUUUUGAACAGUAGUGUGGGUUCUUUUACGUUCCCUUCGAUUUCACUAAUAGCAGAAGGAAAAAGGAGACCAACGGUUUAACGUCACCGCCCAGUGACACGAUCAUCUGAACUGAGACAAGGCCUCAAAUCACAGUCACCAGCUUUUUUUUAAGACUCUGGUUUUUUGUCCGGCCGGGAUUUGAACCUACGACCUCCCGCUCAGCUGACCGGUGCUCUCCCAACUGACCUAACCUGGCGGCGGUUAGCCUCGGUAUGACCCUAGCCUUGGCUGUAAAAAAAAACAAAGACAAACCCUAACAAGAGAGCAACACAAUGCUUCUUCGUGGAUCAGUUCUUUCUUAAAGCAAGAGAAAGAACCCCGUGAACGAGGUUGCGUAAAGAGACUAAACACAAAAGGCAGAAUAGCAAAAUCUGUGGCAACGAAUUUCUUCAAUGAAUUUGACUUUGAAAAUCGUUAUAUCUCAGUUACCGAUCCUUGAUUUUUGUCUUUAGGUAGAAAAUGAGUAUGGAAACGUGGAGCAGUGUGAUCAUCAGUACAUGGCUCACUUGAAAGAUGUCUUUGUAAAAUAUCUUGGCAACGAUGUCGUUCUCUUUACAAACAAUGCUUGUAAAGACAGAGCUUUCGAGUGUGGAACCCUGCAGGGGAUGUUGUCAACAAUAGACGACGGCGGAGGUAAAAUAUGCAUAAAACGUAUUCCCAAGCAAAGUAUUUUUUCCUUUCGCAGUGAUACAGCUGGUUCGUACUUAACCCCUUCCGGUCCUUUCGGUUCAUUUUAUCACCCAAUCUCUCCUGCGCAGUCGGUGGAGACGGGUUAGACGUACCCUUAACGCAUUUAACUUCGCAUGUGUAGGCCCAGGUUUAAGCCUGCCUUCGAGUCGAUUCCUUAGGCAAGAAACUUUGCUGUAGUUUGCCAGGUGUAUAAAUGGGUACCCGAAACAUAUUACUAGGGUAACCCUCAAUAGACUACCAUCACAUUAAGGGAAGAUAGUAUUCGCGGUUUUUGGAAUUUCAGUGCGAUUAUCCCAACUCGCUCACUUUAUCAAACCACUAAAGAUUUUGCAUACUGCUAGAACUGGAAUGUCGACCUGACGUGUGCUUAUGCGUGAUGAUAGAAAUUAGUCUGUACCCAGACGUUGUUUGAUUUUUCUUUUCGUUAUUUCGGAAAACAUCGGCGAGCGCUCGAGCGAGGGGAGCGAGCGAGAGUGAGCGCGGAGCGCGAGAAAUGAAGAUAUUUUUUCAGGCAGAGGCACCUAAGGCUGCUCGGAAGAAAAAAAUCCGACUACUCCUAAAUCGAGGAUAUCCUCGUACAACAACUGUAAAUAUUCCCCAUAAGACUGCGUUUGUUUUAUAUUUGAACGCCGUUAUUUCAGGUUUGAUGCUGGUGCGGCUACCUCGUCUCCAUCGACUGCGCAGGAGAGAUUGGGUGAUAAAAUGAACCGAAAGGACCGGAAGGGGUUAAGUACGAACCAGCUGUAUCAUUGCGAAAGGACAACAUUCCACAGUCAUUGCAGGCUCACCCACUUUUUUCACUCGCUUUAUCGGUUUAUGUCCUCGCUUAAGUGCAAAGCUUUUUAAGUUAUCUUCGCUUACCAUGCACUAGUCAGAAAAUUUAACAGGAUGCUGGUAAACUCUGACACUGUCUAAAUAUUUCUUUUAUUAUUAUUUUAGGAGAAAGGACAGUGGAGAAAUGCUUGAAAACCCAGCGUUCGUUUAAACCUAUGGGCCCCCUAGUUGACUCUGAAUUUUACCCAGGCUGGAUCGACCACUGGGGUAUGAAAUUCGAGCACCGAGACGCUGAGGUUAUCGCCAACGAUCUCGAUAUUUGGCUGAGCGCCAACUACUCCGUAAAUGUGUACGUGUUUCAUGGCGGGACGAACUUUGGUUUCAUGAAUGGUAAUCUGUUCAAAUAUCAAACCCCUCUAUAAGAACAAUAAACAGUGUGUUUUUUGAUGGCUUUAAUACUAUCUAAAUACUGUGAAACCUCCCCUUCGGCAAAUGGGGCUUACAGGUCGACUGAAUGGCUUGUGUAACCGUGGGGUUAUUCCAGGUUUUGUCAAGUCAAGUCGGCACUACCAUAAGCUUUCUACGACGGCGUCCAUUCAGUUUCAAUUUUGUCCAAAAUUUAGAACCACAUUGUACAAUCCUUUGGCACAUCAUAUGAAAAAGGCUUGUAAAAUGGAAAAGUUGACAAAAUUUUUCCAUGACAUGGUAAAAAAAAAACUUUAAAACAUUUCCCAUUUACAACACCAGGGAAAUCUAGCCAAUAGCGAGGUACUCGUGACUUGGGUUUUUGGUAUUGAGCCUUGUGAUUGGCUAAAAGCUAUCCCACCAAUCAGAAAUUAAUCUAAAACAAUUACAUGUAAUUACUUUUAUUCAAAUGUAUAAUCGUGAUGAUUUCAGUGCAGAAACUGUCUUUAUCAGGUGCUAAUUUCAACCCUGACAACGGCUAUGAGCCUCAGAUAACCAGCUACGACUAUGACGCCCCUAUCAGUGAAUCAGGAGAGCUUACAAAGAAGUACUUUGCUAUGAGGAAAGUGAUAUUAAAACAUCGGGGUCUACCGCCUCUACCUGUUCCUGUAUCCACACCGAAACAAAGCCAUGGAAACAUCUACAUGACCAAGGUAAACACUUAAACCUUUACUUCAAAUGGGACAAAACAGAUUGUGUAGUUCGAAAAACAAAUGGUACCAAGUUAAAGUAGUACCGAUGAGGUUUGGAUUAAAGGGUCACUCACACAUUAGUAAAUUCUAAAUUCUUCGAGGCAAAGAAACUCGUCUUCUGUUCACUCUGUUAUCAGGGACAAAAGAAAAAGGACUGAAAUAGAAUAAUUAAUUCUGCAUACCGUAAACCUCCGCCUAUAAGCCAGGGGCUUACAUAACUUCGUCAGGAAGCUAUAUAGCAGUGAACGUUCAAAAUACUUUUUGAAUUUACUGGCUUUUUUAAGCUUCAAAACGUUGUACCAUAUUGAACUCAUUUCAAUACAAGCUACAGGGGGUCCUGCAUCCGGGGACUUAAAACUGGAUGAAUUUUUUGGUUUACAGGUAGAUGGGCCUAUAACUGGUGGGGGGGGGGCUCAUGAUUUGAGGGGGCUAUAAGGGGAAGAUUACAGUAUUAUGAGUAAACUGUAUUCUUUUCGCACUUCGAGCGUAUUCGUCUCUUUGGGCUUAUUUUCUGGUAACAAGUCCGCCUAAUAUUUUCCCAGGUGGCCUACUUAUUAGAUGUUGUCCACAGCCUUUCUCCUUUUGGACCAAUCAAAACCGUUCUUCCUAAGACCAUGGAAAGUGUUGGACAAAACUACGGCUUCCUACUUUACCGCACCCAGAUUCCUCAAAAGUUUGCAAAUACAAAUGUAGAACUGGAAAUUCUCGGACUACGAGAUCGCGGAAUUAUUCUGGUUGGCCAGGUAAGAGAGCUAUUUUUGUUCAUUAUUUGUGAGAGCUUGAAAGAGAUCUCACAUCAACCUCGUACAAUGGGUAGGAGAGAACCCUAGGAACGAGGUUGCUCUCACAUCGCCAUUUUGGAAACAAGAGGGAAACUGGGCCGAGUUAACUGACUUUCGAAAAGACCUCUGGGAUUGGUAUAAGGCUAAGGAAAAAUUUAGGCCGUUUUCGAGUUACCCAGGGCUUCUGUUUCAAAGCGAGGCUAGGUGCAAAGCCGUUGGUAUGAAAAUGAUGUUUUUAAUUCAGUAUGCAAAUGAGACUCAUUUUCACAAGAAAGGUUUUGCAUCUAGCCUCGUUUUGAAAGGAAGUUUUGAGAACUCGAAAAUGGCCUGUUGGCCAAUAGUCGCCGAUAGCUGAACGAUCAGAACGAUCCCAGAUGUGGACGGUACUGAGAGCCGUGAACGCCUCUUUUACACUUUAUUUCAUCUUCUUGUCGUUCACUGCAAAACAAUAUAAUAUGAACGUGAAAUUAUCAAAUUUAGGUUUUUGAGACAAACAUCAAUCCACCAGAAACAUUAAUUUAGAUUUCUCCACCUACAAAACCGCAACGGGAUAAGACUCACAUAACUCAAGUUUCAAGAUGGAAUUAAGGCACAGGCGGCAGCGAGAUUGUACCAAAAGAUUAAACGAUAGUCAGUUUCUUUCACUGAAUUCGUUUUCAUUGUUUACUUUGAAUGUUUAUCUCGGUAAGGAAGAGAAAAAGAGGAAACAAACGGUGACGAGAAAACGACGGUUUAUAGGUGGUUUCGUUUUGUGGUUUACAGCUUUAAUACACAGUAAUUUUCAAGGAGUUAUAAUAACUCCUCUAGUGGGGCUAAUUUAACUCCUUACAGUGGAGUUAUUUUUUGGGGAGUGAUUUUGACUCCAAGAAGGAGUUUAAAGAACUCUUUUUCAGGACUAAAAGUUACCCAAGAUAUUGAGGAGUUAAAAUAACCAAAAAAGGAGUUAUCCUGUACCUAAAAUCUUUACUCCACUUCCAGAGUUAAAUUAACUCCAAAAAGAGUAAAAACAACCCAUGUAAGGAGUAAAAAUAACCCCAUUUUGGAGUUUAACUCCAGACUGGGAGUAAAAAGAACCCUUUUUCAGGAGUAAAAAUGACGGAGUUAAAUUACGAGUUAAAGUAACCCCAAAAAGGGUUAUCCUGUACCUAAAAUUUUUACUCCAUAUUUGGAGUUAUAAUAACUCCCUAAAAAUUACGGUGCACGCCACAGUGAGAAAUAGGUUCAAGCAGCGAGGAACACUGUGAGCUGUAGAAUAUCCUCUUUACCUAUUUUUGUCUGAAAAAGAGAGGAAUUAGAUAUCCAUUUAAUAUUUAGAAGAUCUGCUCAAGCUUUACCGACGAAAUUAUUAUCUUUAAAGGUCCUUUUGCUUUGUAGUACGUUAGCAAGGGAAACAAAAAAUAGUUUUUGAACAAGUUGGGUAACAGUGAUCGGGAACCUCCCUAUUCAUCCUUCGAAGGAGGUCAUUAAAGGAGACGUGCAAGUUUUCGAGGGGAUUUCAUUUAUUUCUUUUAAUGUUUUUGCCUUUACACAUAGGAACGCAAGGCUACUUUGAGUCGUGCAAGCUUCAAUAAAACGUCCUUCAACCUAAGAGACAAUCUAACACUGAACAUCCUGGUAGAGAAUCAAGGACAUAUAACAGGAGGCUCAGACAUGCAGGAUCCCAAAGGAAUCCUUGGAAAUGUGACCAUAAACAAGGAAAUUCUUGUCGACUGGGAAAUGUAUACAUUGGACUUACAAAGUUCUCAAGGGUGGAGUGAGGCUUUUAAGAACGAUAACACAGGGACAGCAAGUAACCUUUUGUCCGACGUACCCACGUUUUAUCAUGGCUUGUUUAGUAUAUCCCCCGAUGGUAGCCCAGGAGACACUUUUCUGAAGUUUCAAAAUUGGCAUAAGGUAAUAUACGCUGGUAUGCUUCUUGAUUAUAUUUUCUUCUAUGCGCGAGAGCAGAGGAGACUUGUUUCCAUAGUGAUCGACUAAUGACGUUAACUUGAAGGCGCGCAUCCACACUGGUUUCCAACUUUUUACGCAAAUCGUUGUAAAUAUAUUUUAAUAAAAAGACUUUCCAUUGAAAUCUGGAAUAUAGUCUGGACUCGCUUUGUUCCGUAUCCACUACAACAUGGAAAUUGACCUUGAUGAAAUAAUCCGUUGAUUUGCAAGGCUUCAUCUGAGGAGAACGGAACUGGCCAAUAUCCUGCGUGAAUGACUCAAAAAAUGCAGGGAAGGAGACUUUAGGGAAUUAAAAUCCCAAAAAAACUUACGGAGCAUGCUCUCGAACCCCCUCAGAAGCUUGCGCCUUCGACGCUUGUUUAGAAAAUCGGUCAGUAUUUAUCCUGGAUCCGCGCCUAAUUUGACAAACUCAAUUGAUAUGAUUGGCUGCUAUUUUGGUGCCCUAUGUGACAAUACUCAAUACUCAGUAUUUUAUUAAGAAUUAGACGUUUUCAUGAUUGAUAUCGACACAGAUAACAGCUGCAUAGGAGACUAGGUAUAUUUAAUAUCUCAGCGAACCACAAUUGCUCAGGCCAACAUUGUAAACCGGGUCACUUCUGAUAUGUUGUCAUUUUAGGGUCAGCUGUAUGUCAAUGGCUUUAAUCUGGGUCGUUACUGGCCCGUAAAGGGUCCUCAACAGACACUUUACGUUCCUGGCUCACUGUUGUCUGCUGGAAAGUCAAAUGAAGUGAUUCUCUUGGAGCUGGACAGUGCACCCUGUACAGUCCCUGAGAGCUGUUUUGUGCAAAGCGUCUCGACGCCCAUACUGGACGGACCCGUGGAUGGGAGCCCUCCUAAGCAGGCGUGAAUUUGACGGCGAUUU